AUGCCUCUGAUUAAAAGUGGAGCGAAAGCUCUUGGAAACAUUGCCCUGAAAAGUGGGACAGACUUUGUGGGCGAUGUCCUGGCAGGUAGAAACGUGAAAUCAGCAGCAAAAGCACAAACCAUACAGGCCACCAACAUUGCAAAAAGAAAAGCUAUCGAUACACUAAGGAGUCAAACGGGGAGCGGAAAACGUGCCAGGCGCUCAAGAAGUGUAAAGCGUUCAAGAAGUGUAAAGCGAACAGCUAAAAAGAGAAAGGUUUCGGUAUCUGCAGUCAGACACAGUCAGAGCAAGAAACGGAAAACAGUUAAAAAGAGAAAGGCAUCAACAUCUGCAGCCAGACGCAAACAGACCAAGAGACGGAAAACAGCUCAAGACAUAUUUGGUUAAGAUCAUGAAUCUCGUACAUUCCAAAUCGCAAGAGUGCACAAAAAGCGAACUCGAUCUAUUCUCUGUGCCCCCAACACAAAUCAGUUUAGAAAAAGGACAUUGGGUAGAUCAUCAACCCGUUUCCAGUGUAGCUGAUGGUGGUGUCAUCACGUUCCUAUCUCCAGGCACUGAAGAUUAUGUGGACCUUGCUAGAACGAUUCUCGUGGCGAGAGCGAAAGUGACAAAAGCCGAUGGUACGGAUCUCGGAGCAGCCGAAAAG